AUGGCUGAUAUGUCUAAGGUCUUCACCCAGGACGCUUGCCCUCCCGCUGGCCCCUAUUCCCAAGCCAUCAAAGCCAACGGCCAAGUUUUUGUCUCUGGCCAGAUCCCCGCCAACAACAAAGGCGAGCUCCUUGAGGGUUCUAUCGCCGAGAAAACUGACCUAUGCUGCAAGAAUGUCGUUGCAGUCUUAACCGCCGCGGGAUCCUCCAUUGACAAGGUUGUCAAGGUCAACGUCUUCCUCGUUGAUAUGGGUGACUUUGCUGAGAUGAACGGUGUAUUUGAGAAGUACUUCGCUCACAAGCCUGCUCGUAGCUGUGUUGCCGUCCACCAGCUCCCUAAAGGCGUGCCUGUCGAGAUUGAGUGCAUUGCCUUGGCAUAG